AUGGAGAGAAAUGGAGAGGAAUGUUUUCACAGCAAACUUCGGAACAUGGAGAGGAAUGGAGAGGAAUACUGUCACAGCAAACUUCGGAACAUGGAGAGGAAUGGAGGGGAAUGCUGUAACAGCAAAUUUCGGAACAUAGAGAGGAAUGGAGAGGAAUGCUGUCACAGCAAACUUUGGAACAUGGAGAGGAAUGGAGAGGAAUACUGUCACAGCAAACUUCGGAACAUGGAGAGGAACGGAGAGGAAUACUGUCACAGCAAACUUCGGAACAUGGAGAGGAAUGGAGAGGAAUACUGUCACAGCAAACUUCGGAACAUAGAGAGGAAUGGAGAAGAAUGUUGUAACAGCAAACUUCGGAACAUAGAGAGGAAUGAAGAGGAAUGCUGUCACAGCAAACUUCGGAACAUAGAGAGGAAUGGAAAGGAAUGGAGAGGGAUGCUGUCACAGCAAACUUCGGAACAUGGAGAGGAAUGUUGA